CGAGUGCGACUCCGGCAGUGUAGCUGUGGUCGCCGGAGGGUGUGAAUGGGGGAUGGCUUCCGUCUGGUCAGGAAGAGGAUACGCCCAAGACUGAUGAUUGGUGACGUCGGUCUUGUUCGCGUGCGGCUGGAGGAGGAGGGUGAUGAUCGGGCAACAGUUGUUCAGUCAGUGGAGGAUGUUCAAACUAUGAUAGAUGUCCAGACAACCUCUGUUCAGCUAAUGGAGGUUGUCCAGUCGGUUCAUGAAGAGGAUAAGCCGAUGAACGAAAUCACUCUACCAUCAAACAAUGGAAAUCCCCCAGUAAUGGACGGUUAUCAAGUCAUAGUGAAUGAGUUUUAUCCAAUGAGGGACGCUUUGGCUGGUCCUGGCGUGACCCCCGAUCCUGGCGUGACCCCCGAUCCUGGCGUGACCCCCGAUCCUGGCGUGACCCCCGAUCCUGGCGUGACCCCCGAUCCUGGCGUGACCCCCGAUCCUGGCGUGACCCCCGAUCCUGGCGUGACCCCCGAUCCUGGCGUGACCCCCGAUCCUGGCGUGACCCCCGAUCCUGGCGUGACCCCCGAUCCCGGCGUGACCCGCGAUCCCGGCGUGACCCGCGAUCCCGGCGUGACCCGCGAUCCCGGCGUGACCCGCGAUCCCGGCGUGACCCGCGAUCCCGGCGUGACCCGCGAUCCCGGCGUGACCCGCGAUCCCGGCGUGACCCGCGAUCCCGGCGUGACCCGCGAUCCCGGCGUGACCCGCGAUCCCGGCGUGACCCGCGAUCCCGGCGUGACCCGCGAUCCCGGCGUGACCCCCGAUCCCGGCGUGACCCGCGAUAACGGCGUGACGCCAGAUCCUUAUUACUUAUUGAAGCCAGCCUCGGGCGGGGCUGCCAAGCCAGCCUCGGGCGGGGCUGCCAAGCCAGCCUCGGGCGGGGCUGCCAAGCCAGCCUCGGGCGGGGCUGCCAAGCCAGCCUCGGGCGGGGCUGCCAAGCCAGCCUCGGGCGGGGCUGCCAAGCCAGCCUCGGGCGGGGCUGCCAAGCCAGCCUCGGGCGGGGCUGCCAAGCCAGCCUCGGGCGGGGCUGCCAAGCCAGCCACGGGCGGGGCUGCCAAGCCAGCCACGGUCGGGGCUGCCAAGCCAGCCACGGUCGGGGCUGCCAAGCCAGCCACGGUCGGGGCUGCCAAGCCAGCCACGGUCGGGGCUGCCAAGCCAGCCACGGUCGGGGCUGCCAAGCCAGUCACGGUCGGGGCUGCCAAGCCAGUCACGGUCGGGGCUGCCAAGCCAGUCACGGUCGGGGCUGCCAAGCCAGUCACGGUCGGGGCUGCCAAGCCAGUCACGGUCGGGGCUGCCAAGCCAGUCACGGUCGGGGCUGCCAAGCCAGUCACGGUCGGGGCUGCCAAGCCAGUCACGGUCGGGGCUGCCAAGCCAGUCACGGUCGGGGCUGCCAAGCCAGUCACGGUCGGGGCUGCCAAGCCAGUCACGGUCGGGGCUGCCAAGCCAGUCACGGUCGGGGCUGCCAAGCCAGUCACGGUCGGGGCUGCCAAGCCAGUCACGGUCGGGGCUGCCAAGCCAGUCACGGUCGGGGCUGCCAAGCCAGUCACGGUCGGGGCUGCCAAGCCAGUCACGGUCGGGGCUGCCAAGCCAGUCACGGUCGGGGCUGCCAAGCCAGUCACGGUCGGGGCUGCCAAGCCAGCCUCGGGCGGGGCUGCCAAGCCAGCCUCGGGCGGGGCUGCCAAGCCAGUCACGGUCGGGGCUGCCAAGCCAGCCUCGGGCGGGGCACCCAAGCCAGCCUCGGGCGGGGCACCCAAGCCAGCCUCGGGCGGGGCACCCAAGCCAGCCUCGGGCGGGGCACCCAAGCCAGCCUCGGGCGGGGCACCCAAGCCAGCCUCGGGCGGGGCACCCAAGCCAGCCUCGGGCGGGGCACCCAAGCCAGCCUCGGGCGGGGCACCCAAGCCAGCCUCGGGCGGGGCACCCAAGCCAGCCUCGGUCGGGGCUGCCAAGCCAGCCUCGGUCGGGGCUGCCAAGCCAGCCUCGGGCGGGGCACCCAAGCCAGCCUCGGGCGGGGCACCCAAGCCAGCCUCGGGCGGGGCACCCAAGCCAGCCUCGGGCGGGGCACCCAAGCCAGCCUCGGGCGGGGCUCCCAAGCCAGCCUCGGGCGGGGCACCCAAGCCAGCCUCGGGCGGGGCACCCAAGCCAGCCUCGGGCGGGGCACCCAAGCCAGCCUCGGGCGGGGCACCCAAGCCAGCCUCGGGCGGGGCUCCCAAGCCAGCCUCGGGCGGGGCUCCCAAGCCAGCCUCGGGCGGGGCACCCAAGGCUUCGGUUACAUCUGCCCAAAUAGUGCUAAACAAACUCGUGUCAGCCAUACUCGUCAACGGAGUUGAAGAUAACGUCGUGCGUGUGGUGCUCUCCGACAACAGGCUUCCUUAUCUCAGCAAAGCUUGGAGUCUCAUGCCUGGACUGCCUCCCAGCCUCAUUCAUGUGUGCAGCAGUAGAGAGACAACUGUGGGCCAGAUAAGCCAUGCUGCUCUGCCUUACCUGAAAUGCGUUCUUUCUGAAAAGGAAAAUCGUGGGAAGCUUCUGGCUGUCGCGGUUGUUUUGGGGCUAUAUAACUUAAUGAAGAAAGACAAGGGCACAUCUAGUGUUGAGAGCAGGACGAUGCAGGAGCUGAAGAGUCUCAAACGUGGCCUCAAGGGACUCCACACUACCACCUAUGUCAUGAUAUAUCCUGUACAGCUUUUUGGCAAGGCUACAUCUGCGCCGUACUGGAGUGCAUGCAAGCAUUUGAAUAGCAUGAUUGUGGACCAGAAUAUCACUUUGCCACUCCCAUUCACACCAGAGUUUUGGAAUGACAUGGCCAAUCAGAUUAAUGUGUGUAGUUUCGCCAAACCAAUGAUUUUGGCUUAUGAACAAACCAAACUGUGGGCCGUGCACAUGAAUUACAUUUUUGAACAUAUGAGAAGAGCAUAUAACUCCAGCCCUCGUCCGGAACAGAACACAAACACUUCGGGAAACUAUACCAAUAAAAGUACUUCUAUUGGAGUUGCUUCAUACGGUGGCGGUAUACCAGUGUCUACACGUCAGGGUUGGUCCAGAGGCGUGCUGGGCCCUUGUGGAACAGUAAGCACCACGAAUCCUCGUGCUUUGGCGGCGAAUGUUAAGCCAAGCGUUUCUCAGCUGUGUGAACCAAAAACAAAUGCAGUGCCAAAGAUUCCACAGUCUAGUGCUCCCGCGGCAAAGUUGACACUAAACACUCAUGGUCCCAAUGGUUCUGAACCCGGUGUUCCAGGACAAGAUGCUGCUGCAAGAACAGUCAGUCGUUCUAGAAAGCGAAAAUCAAGAUUCCGUGCUGCAAGAUCUAGGAAAAAGUCGAACCUUGUGAAUUCUAUUAUCACAGCGCUGGAAUAUGCCUCUCAGGGCUCACAACUUAGUGAUGUACUGAAAAAUAUUCCUUCCUCCGUACUGAGCACUAUAGAUGACAAAAGUUACAACAACAUUCAAGAAAAGUACUCUUCUCAUAUUUACAAGUCACAAGAGAUAACUGGGGCUUCAAGCAAGCCUUUGGCUCAAGAAGCAGGAUAUAAUGUGCAGUGUUUGGGUGAAGCUGGUGUUACCCAGGUUACCCAUUACCCAGGUGCUGAAGCUGGUGUUACCCAGGUUACCCAUUACCCAGGUGCUGAAGCUGGUGUCUCGGUUCAGGAUAAGACCUGCUCUCGUGUGGAUAACAUUCUAUAUUCUGUGUGUAGCACGCUUCAUUAUACGACUCGCCACGCGGACGGCCCCGCUCGUAUUUUUCAUGAGGCUGUGCGUCAUAUAGGCGGCUGUGCUCGCCAUACACAGGGGUCUCACCGCAACACAAUUCUUACUCGGAAUAGUGACACCUGUUCUAACACUAUGGAUGGUCUUAACCACAAUGUGUAUUACCCCAAUCACAGAAUUGUUGACACUAUUCACAGCAUGGGUGGUACUACUCACUGUACAGGAAGCACACUUCACGGUACUAGUAGCACUAUUCACUGUACAGGCACUACUAUUCACAGUAUUGACGGCACUCAUCACUGUAGAGGCAGCAUUAUUCACAGUCCGGGGGGUUUUAGCCACAAAUUAGGGAUUGAGGCUAUGGACGCUAAUGCCAGUAAUCUGAGCUGUCCUAAGAGUACCAUCUCUACGCCUUACAUAAUGCCUCACGGUAUAUCUGCUAGUGGCUCGUGUCUGUCUUCAGAGAGUCACUCCUGUUUUCCUACAAACAAAUAUCUUGACAAAGGGAACGGAGAUUCACCCACCCAGCCAGUGACACGUACUUCUGGCGCUUGCAUCUCGUCUUCAAGAGGUGUAAUGGAUAUGUCUGGUGGGCCAGCUAGUCUUGGUCAGAAGCGGAAGUUGUCAUCUGAAGAGACAAUAGUGGAAAUUGUUGAAAAGAGAUAUAGGAAAGUGCAAUCAUCGUCUCGGUUUGUUCCAUCAUCGGAUUCCUCCACCUGCUGUUCGAAUAUAGUUAAUGUCUUCGCCGAUGCCUUGCAUGGGUCGAGUGAUGUGCGUAUAGAGUCGCUGUCCGAGGCUCUGGCUGCUCUGCUGGCCAUAGAGCACCACGAUGGGCUCUCUUUUUUGCUGGAGAAGGUGCACAAGGAAGAAAGUACUGGCAGAAACGGCCUACUGCGCUGUUCACUGGAUGAGAUCGCGCUGCUGGGUCAAGCUGGCGAGAAGGCCGCCUACUGGAGCAGCAGAAGUAUAGCAGGGCAAGUCAAGAACUUUAUGACAGCAUCGGCAGCCGCCAUACGCAAGAAUCUGCAGAGCCUCGUACGUCAGUGACUUGCUUCUUUCAGCGAAGCGCAUCGGGGAGAAGCAACGCUCGUUUGUAGUGUACGUAAGAAAAUUAAUGACAAAUCACAGGAUUUGUCCAUAUUUUUAAUUUUGUUAACAAAUUUCUUCUGGAUGACUGUUUAGACAUGUUUUAUGUACGUAGAUUUUCAUAAAUUUGACAGGAGGUAUAUUUGCUUAGUAUGUGAUGUACUAAGUUUAGUAUUAAAGUAUUCAGAAAUAGAACCAACAGUUGUUAAGGCUUAUUUUAUUACACAGAAUGCUUAGUUCUUGUCUAGAAUCUAGAAUAUAAGAUGAACUAACUUGCUUACAUCAGGUAAAGGGUUUAGGUAAAGUAUUAGUUUAAUUGGGUUUAGUGCUUUACUUUGAUAAUUAACUUAUCAGUUUGUUAAUAAAGCUGUGCAAACAA